AGGAGAAAUCAACGAAACGAAGGGGAACAACAACAAUAUAUAUUUCUAGUUCCAACGUCAAUAAAUAAAAUCACGAAUUUCGCUCUAAUUAAGAAAUUAAAAUGGGUUUGUGCAAAUGUCCUAAACGAGUUGUCAGCAAUCUGUUCUGUUUUAGUCAUCGUGUUACUGUGUGUGAGUCCUGUUUAGUGCUAAAUCAUAGAAAGUGUGUCAUACAGUCAUACUUGCAAUGGCUUAAAGAUUCCGACUACGAUUCAUCAUGUUCCUUAUGUGGAACAGACUUAGAAAGCGACGACUGUAUUAGAUUAAUUUGCUACGAUUUGUUUCAUAAAAAGUGUCUAGAAGAAAGACAGUCAGCACUUCCGUCAACUACAGCAGCGAGUGGUCAUCAAUGUCCAAAAUGUGAUGCUUGCAUUUUCCCAUCAUCAAAUUUAGUUUCACCAGUUGCUGAUGCCUUGAGAAUUUGGCUGUCACAAGUCAAUUUUGGAAGGAACGAGAUGAAUCUGCCAAUGUUUAGCGAAGAAAAGGAAUUCAAGUCAGCUUCACGUGAUGAUUUAAUAAGAAGUAAUGGAACAUCAAGCAAUAAUCUAAGUUCAUCAGUCAUGAACAGUAAAGUCAAUAUUGAGCAGACACAAUAUCAUAGAACUAAUGUCCCAGAGAAAGUAUUUCGUCCAGAAAGUCCACAUUCAGUUUUAAAUAUAGAGUCUAGGCCUUUAUUAAGAAGUGGUAUAGAUGGAAGGAAUUCAGAUCGUGAUGACAAUAAAUACAAACGAAAGACUCCACAGGAAAUAUUUUCGAGAUGGUCUAGGCAAUUCUAUGCUCCAUCAGCACGACCACCUUGGCGCAAGAAGUGGUUCUUAGGAUUAAUUGCAUUCUUACUAUUUAUAUUAAUUAUCUAUGUAAUGUAUCACUUUGGACGGUCCGAGAGUGACGAGCUUGAUAAUUUUCACUACGAAGAAUAAAGCAUUUUUAUUAAAUGAAAUAUUUUAUGAUUAAAUCAUUCCUUUUAAUUCAAAAAAGUAUGUUUUUCAAACAUUAUAAAUAAAACUAUUAAUAUAAUAAAUAAAUAAUUCAAUUGGUAUUUAUAUUAUUCUUGAAAAACUAAAGCACAAUGGGCAAUUUUUACUUUAGUGGACUGUAUUUAAUGCAAUGUCAAUGACAAAGUUUUAAUAAUCGAAUCAAUUUCAACAAAUUCUUAAAGAUAACUUAGAUCAUCAUUCUUGAUUGAUGAACUGAUCAAAUAACAUUCAACAUUUGUUAAUGAAGUCAAUAUAAGAUUUUGGAAGAAUCUCGCGAUUUUCAAUAGUUGGAGGAGGUAUCCAAUUUGUGGAUUUAACUUGUGAAUCAAUUUGAGAAUUCAUUUCAUCUAAUUCUUGAUAAAAGCCUCUUUUAAUGAAACUAUAGACAAAUACUUCUUUAAAAUUCACAACAUUUAUCAUUUCAUCUCUCACUUUAUUCAAGAAGUUUCGUAGAUAAACAUAGCAUUGAUUUAAGUCGUAUCCUUUUUGUUCUUUUCCUUUAUCUUCCAGCUCUUUUAGAUCAUGAAUUAUUAUGUUUUUUACAAUUGCAUUUUCAUCACGUCUUCCUUCAUAUAUUUUGUCAAUUAUACCAGAAACAUGAGACUGAAUCAACCAUGCAAAAUGCGUAUUAUCUCGAAAUUGUUGUUUGUCAAUUCGUGUUUUCAGUUCAACAAUUGUUGCAUCUUUAAGAUCAUUGAAAUCUUCAACAAGAGUAUUACUUUCAAUUCCGUCACAUUCAACGUUAAAGAGGAUCUUAACGUCAUCAACAAUUCUUUCAAUCACAACACAAAAUUCUUUGCCUUCAGUUUCGCCUGGUUCACUAUCAGGGUUAGAAGUUAAUAGCCGUUUUUCAAAUUCAUGUCCAAAAUUUUGAAAUUGUGCAUCGUCAUAUUCUAACGCUAUAUAAAUAGUACCUUUCAGUUUCAAGGUAUACAUUUUAAAGUUAGCAGGAAAAUAUUUAAACUCCAUAAUUUUCUUUAGCACUCCUCGUGUGCAUACAAAAUCUGCAGCAAUUGGUUUUGUUUCACUUUUUACUUUUUCGUAAUUCUCCUCAAUAAAUUUGAUCAUUUGAUUUAAACGAUUCAGAAAACUUUGACCGCAAGAUUUCUUUUGUAUUGAACUUUCAUUUAAGUUGAAAUCAAUUAUCUUUGGAAGCUUUAAAUAUUUCAACGAGCUCAUGUCAUUUUUGUAUUCAUCUUUAUCCAUUGAAUAGAUUCCAACCCACGAAACUUCCAGCUUGUUUGCAUUUGCAUUCUUCAAACUGAUUGCUGUACGCUCAAUACUUCUCGGUCUUUUAGUUUCUUCACUUAUCUCAACCUCGUCUUGAUUUCUUUUAGGAAUUAGUUUAGACAUUUUUAAAAUUGAAACCAAUGUUAUCGAAGCAAAAGUUCAAAUUCAACUGGAUUUUGUCUUUACUUUCAAUCAUUAUUUAUAUAUUAAUUGGUCUUUAAAUAAAUAUUACACAAGAAAUUUAGUAUUUCCGUCCAAAAAUUAUUACAACUCAACAUUUUACAAAGAUUGGAGCGCAAUUUUCCUAUUAAAAAUAUUUUAUUUCAGAUCAAGCAAUGUGAUCUAGAGUUCAAGUAGUAAGGAUUCGCCAAACCACUGUAUUCAACUAGGUUAAGGUUUUAUAAUUUUAAAAACAACAUUUUAGAAAUUCUUUGAAACUAUUAAAUACAAACCAAUUACCACAAGCAGCCAGACAAAAUGUAAGCAAUAGAAUUAUUUUUCCACAGAUAAUAUUAAUCAUUAAUAAGCUUAUCAAAUCUGCUUUAUUAAAGUUUUAUCAAAACAAUUAAAAAA